AUGCGGAAGGCGGAAUACCGAUGGGGGGACAUCAGGGGCGUACUGACGCUGUACGAGAUCAAGCAGCUGACCAUGACGGAGCUCCAAUGGUUCACAUUGAACUAUGCUGUUAGAGACGCUGGUAUCGCAUGGAAGCGGCAGCUUUUACCGGAACAUGACGACGCAGCUCGAAACAUGUCGCAGAUCAUCUGGAAGCGGCGGACCGACACAGAGGAGCGUUUGGCAGCUGUGCGCAUGCUUUUUUUCUACCGCGUCAUCUCAAUGUCUACCACCACCAACAAGGCCGAACAAGCCGUCUCUUACGCCGCCUUGAUCCUCGCCGACGAAGGCAUCGCCAUCACCCCCGAGAAGCUGCAAGCACUACUCAAAGCCGCUGGCAUCGAGGACGUCGAGCCUAUCUGGACCACACUCUUCAGCAAGGCUUUCGACGGCAAGGACGUCAAGGACAUUAUCCUCACCGCGACCACGGCCACACCAGCCGGUCGCGGUGACGCUUCCGAUAUCAAGGACGAUGGAAAGACAACUGGAGAGGAUGGAGAUGACGAGAAGGACGGAGAGGAGGGUAUCGAUAUCGACGCGGACUCGGAUGAUGGGUCUGCAUUUGGGGAUUUGUUUGGCUAG